GGCUGCUGGAGGGAGACGAGAGCACCUCCCGGAGCGGAGAAACCAGUUUGGCCGGUCCCGCGGUGCGGAGGGAGAAGGGCGGCUGCAGAGGAAGGGUGCACGGACGCGGGGCGGGGGAAGGCGGAGGAGCCACUGGCGAGCCGCGAGAGCAGGAGGUGCCGCGGCCAACUGGACACGCUUCCCGGGGCCCCCGGCCAGCCCCCGUGCGCCAUGCAGCGCUAGCGCAGCGGCCGGGGCUGGGGCUGGGCGGGUGGUGGCAGCGGCCAGGUGCGCAGCGAGCGUUUGGAGCGGCGCGCAUCCAGCGGAUGCCCCAGCCGGGGCCCAGCAAGCGCCAGCAGGUAGUUCCAAUUUGCCAGCAGAAUGAGUACAGAAAGAGACUCAGAAACGACAUUUGAUGAGGAUUCUCAGCCUAAUGAUGAAGUGGUUCCCUACAGUGAUGAUGAAACAGAAGAUGAACUUGAUGACCAGGGUUCUGCUGUUGAACCAGAACAAAAUCGAGUCAACAAGGAAGCAGAGGAGAACCAGGAGCCAGUCAGGAAAGAAUGUACAUGGCAAGUCAAAGCAAAUGAUCGAAAGUACCACGAACAACCUCAUUUUAUGAACACAAAGUUCUUUUGUAUUAAGCAGAGUAAAUAUGCGAAUAAUGCAAUUAAAACAUAUAAGUACAACGCUUUUACCUUUCUACCAAUGAAUCUGUUUGAGCAAUUUAAGAGAGCAGCCAAUUUUUAUUUCCUGGUUCUUCUUAUCUUACAGGCAAUUCCUCAAAUCUCUACCCUGGCGUGGUACACCACACUAUUCCCCCUGCUUCUGGUGCUGGGCAUUACUGCAAUCAAAGACCUGGUGGACGAUGUGGCUCGCCAUAAAAUGGAUAGGGAAAUCAACAAUAGGACGUGUGAAGUCAUUAAGGAUGGCAGGUUCAAAGUUGCCAAGUGGAAAGACAUUCAAGUUGGAGAUGUCAUUCGUCUGAGGAAAAAUGACUUUGUUCCAGCUGACAUUCUCCUGCUGUCCAGCUCUGAGCCUAACAGCCUCUGCUACGUGGAAACAGCGGAACUGGAUGGAGAAACAAAUUUAAAGUUUAAGAUGUCACUUGAAAUCACAGACCAGUAUCUCCAAAGAGAAGAUGCAUUGGCAGCAUUUGAUGGUUUUAUUGAAUGUGAAGAACCCAAUAACCGACUAGAUAAGUUUACAGGAAUACUAUCUUGGAGAAAAACAAGGUUUCCUUUGGAUGCUGAUAAAAUUUUGUUACGUGGCUGUGUGAUUAGGAAUACCGAUUUCUGCCAUGGCUUAGUCGUUUUUGCAGGUGCUGACACUAAAAUAAUGAAGAAUAGUGGGAAAACCAGAUUUAAAAGAACUAAAAUUGAUUACUUGAUGAACUACAUGGUUUAUACGAUCAUUGUCGUUCUCAUUCUGCUUUCUGCUGGUCUUGCCAUCGGCCAUGCUUAUUGGGAAGCACAGGUGGGCAAUUACUCUUGGUACCUCUAUGACGGAGAAGACGCUACACCCUCCCUCCGUGGAUUCUUCAAUUUCUGGGGCUACAUCAUUGUUCUGAACACUAUGGUACCCAUCUCUCUCUAUGUCAGCGUGGAAGUGAUUCGUCUUGGACAGAGUCACUUCAUCAACUGGGACCUACAAAUGUACUAUGCUGAGAAGGACACACCCGCAAAAGCUAGAACCACAACGCUCAAUGAACAACUCGGGCAGAUCCAUUAUAUCUUCUCUGAUAAGACGGGGACGCUCACACAAAAUAUCAUGACCUUUAAAAAGUGCUGUAUCAAUGGGCAGAUAUAUGGGGACCAUCGGGAUGCCUCUCAACACAACCAUAACAAAAUAGAGCAAGUUGAUUUUAGCUGGAACACAUAUGCUGAUGGGAAGUUUGCAUUUUAUGACCACUAUCUUAUUGAGCAAAUCCAAUCAGGGAAGGAGCCGGAAGUGCGACAGUUCUUCUUCUUGCUCGCAGUUUGCCACACGGUCAUGGUGGAUAGGAUUGAUGGUCAUCUCAAUUACCAGGCAGCCUCUCCUGAUGAAGGUGCCCUGGUAAACGCCGCCAGGAACUUCGGCUUUGCCUUCCUCGCCAGGACCCAGAACACCAUCACCAUCAGUGAGCUGGGCACUGAAAGGACCUAUAAUGUUCUUGCCAUUUUGGACUUCAACAGUGACCGGAAGCGAAUGUCUAUCAUUGUAAGAACUCCAGAAGGCAAUAUCAAGCUUUACUGUAAAGGUGCUGAUACUGUUAUUUAUGAACGGUUACAUCGAAUGAAUCCUACUAAGCAAGAAACACAGGAUGCCCUGGAUGUNUUUGCAAAUGAAACUCUUAGAACCCUAUGCCUUUGCUAUAAAGAAAUUGAAGAAAAAGAAUUUGCAGAAUGGAAUAAAAAGUUUAUGGCUGCCAGUGUGGCCUCGACCAACCGAGACGAAGCUCUGGAUAAAGUAUAUGAGGAGAUUGAAAAAGACUUAAUUCUUCUGGGAGCUACAGCUAUUGAAGACAAGCUACAGGAUGGAGUUCCAGAGACCAUUUCAAAACUUGCAAAAGCUGACAUUAAGAUUUGGGUUCUUACUGGAGACAAAAAGGAAACUGCUGAAAAUAUAGGAUUUGCUUGUGAACUUCUGACUGAAGACACCACCAUCUGCUACGGGGAGGAUAUUAAUUCUCUUCUUCAUGCAAGGAUGGAAAACCAGAGGAACAGAGGCGGAGUCUACGCAAAGUUCGUACAGCCUGUGCAGGAACGUUUUUUUCCGUCUGGUGGAAACCGCGCCUUAAUCAUCACUGGUUCUUGGCUGAAUGAAAUUCUUCUCGAAAAAAAGACCAAGAGAAGUAAGAUUCUGAAGCUGAAGUUCCCAAGGACAGAAGAAGAAAAACGAAUGCGGACCCAAAGUAAAAGGAGGCUAGAAACUAAGAAAGAGCAGCGGCAGAAAAACUUUGUGGACCUGGCUUGUGAGUGCAGUGCAGUCAUCUGCUGCCGCGUCACCCCCAAGCAGAAGGCCAUGGUGGUGGACCUGGUGAAGAAGUACAAGAAAGCCAUCACGCUGGCCAUUGGAGACGGGGCCAAUGACGUGAACAUGAUCAAAACUGCCCACAUUGGCGUUGGAAUAAGCGGACAAGAAGGAAUGCAAGCUGUCAUGUCGAGUGAUUAUUCCUUUGCCCAGUUCCGAUAUCUGCAGAGGCUACUACUGGUGCAUGGCCGGUGGUCUUACAUAAGGAUGUGCAAGUUCCUACGAUACUUCUUUUACAAAAACUUUGCCUUUACUUUGGUUCAUUUCUGGUACUCCUUCUUCAAUGGCUACUCUGCACAGACUGCAUACGAGGACUGGUUCAUCACCCUCUACAACGUGCUAUACUCCAGCCUGCCUGUGCUCCUCAUGGGGCUGCUCGACCAGGAUGUGAGUGACAAACUGAGCCUCCGAUUCCCUGGGUUAUAUGUAGUGGGACAAAGAGACUUACUAUUCAACUAUAAGAGAUUCUUCGUAAGCCUGUUGCAUGGGGUCCUAACAUCGAUGAUCCUCUUCUUCAUACCUCUUGGAGCUUAUCUGCAAACCGUAGGGCAGGAUGGAGAGGCACCUUCCGACUACCAGUCUUUUGCCGUCACCAUGGCCUCUGCUCUUGUAAUAACAGUCAAUUUCCAGAUUGGCUUGGAUACUUCUUACUGGACUUUUGUGAAUGCUUUUUCAAUUUUUGGAAGCAUUGCACUUUAUUUUGGCAUCAUGUUUGACUUUCAUAGUGCUGGAAUACAUGUUCUCUUUCCAUCUGCAUUUCAAUUUACAGGCACAGCUUCGAACGCUCUGAGACAGCCGUACAUUUGGUUAACUAUCAUCCUGACUGUUGCUGUGUGCUUACUGCCUGUCGUUGCCAUCCGAUUCCUGUCAAUGACCAUUUGGCCAUCAGAAAGUGAUAAGAUCCAGAAGCAUCGCAAGCGGUUGAAGGCGGAGGAGCAGUGGCAGCGGAGGCAGCAGGUGUUCCGCCGGGGCGUGUCGUCAAGGCGCUCGGCCUAUGCCUUCUCGCACCAGCGGGGCUACGCGGACCUCAUCUCCUCUGGGCGCAGCAUCCGCAAGAAGCGCUCGCCCCUUGAUGCCAUCGUGGCCGAUGGCACCGCAGAGUACAGGCGCACCGGGGACAGCUGAUCCCUGUCCCCCCCAGGCCGGGAUGCGGCCGCACAGAGCACGUCUAUUUUUUUAUGAAAGACUCUCAGGACUUUUUGUGUGUGUGGAUUGCAUUCGUCACAAAGAUAUUGAAGACAAUAAAUAACCUUUAUAACAAA